AUGGAAGUGUCACUUCAACUGUUAGAAACUGAGGAGCAGGUAACCAACCUUCUGAGUAAUAUCAAUCGUUUAUUAAAUUUCACAGGAAUACUGAAAAUGAACUCUUUAGUACGAUUCAUCUGUCUAAUUUCAUUAUGCGCUUCAAUAACCAAUUGCUUAAACAGUAUACCAGAUAAUGAUUACUGGAAUGAAAUACUGGAUGAGGAUGAGACAAUAUGGAGACGUUUGAUCGAGAAGAACGUUCCACGUUAUUUCCUCGAGUUGGAAGAUCCUAUAAGAAUACAGCGCGUAAACUAA